AUCAAGUUUAAUUCAUUUAAGUUUUUUUUAUUUUUUUUUUUAUAAAAAAUGAAUUUUCAACAAAUUAACAACAGUUUUUGUUCACUUGUUUCGUUAGUACGAAACAAUGCAUAUCCUACAUAUCCAGAAUUCACUACAUUUAUAUCAAGAUUGAAAACAUUCAAUUUAUUUCCGUUGACUUCAUCUCAAGAUAAAUACUCAUUAGCUGAAAGCGGUUUUAUAUAUUCAGGGAAAAAAGAUAUUGUUGAAUGUUUUUGCUGUGGUAUUAUAUUGCAUCGUUGGGAAAAAGAAGAUAAUCCAUGGAUUGAACAUUCAAGAUGGAAUCCGAAAUGUGUUUUUGUAUUAUUAUCAAAAGGAAAUCAGUUUGUUGAAAAUGUAGUAAAAAAAUAUGAAAAAAUUGGAAUCAUACCAAAAAACGUUUGAUACAGCUUAUACGUUAAUUAAGUCUGACGUAAAUGGGUUACCAUCAUCUUGUCAACGAAACGAAUUUACAAAUCAAUAUAUUCAAAAUUAUGAUUUCAGCUACAGCAAUAUACAAAGUGAAGAUUGUUCAUUUAUGUACGAGUUAUUACAAUUUCAUUUUAA